UGGAUAUACUGUCAAAACAUUUGACAAUUUGCAAACCUAAGCGAUUGAUAAUCUAUCCUCAAUAUUUUUAGUCGCCAAAAGUUAGCAGGAUUUAGAACGAUCAUAGACAACUGACCCUAGUCAGUUAAUCGGCAGCAGAGGCUUUCGUCGCAAUUGUUCUAAUUUCAAGGAUAACGAAAAGUGGACAUUUUCAACACGGAAAAGUGUAUUUUGUUUUUUUCCUCUUCUGUUUAGUUGAGUUAAAGUUCUAGAUAGUGCUUCACUAUUAAGUGAAUAGUCAAUCGGACAAGGAGGAUGGCUGCUGAAAUUAAACCAGCGCCGCGUAGUGCAAAUGAUCGCUUUAGUACCACCAAAAAGCCGGAACUGCUGAACAAACUAGAAGGUUGCAAUGAUGACGUGAACGCAGCGCUGCUAAUUCCCGGAGAGGAAGGUGUUAUCAGUGUCUGUGAUGACAAGACGAUUCGAGUGUGGCUGAAACGUGACUCCGGUCAGUAUUGGCCCUCGAUUUGCCAAUAUAUGCCGUCAGGUUGUACCUCUUUGUUCUACACCCCGGAAACUAGAACGUUGUUUAUUGGCCAAGAGAAUGGGACUAUUUCGCAAUUUACUCUAUCCGACGAUUGCAAUAGAUUGACACCGAUUAAAGAGUACCUUGCGCACCAAGCGCGUAUUACGAAUGUCAUUUUUGCUAAACAUACAGGAUGGAUUCUGUCCGCGGGACGGGACAAAUUCUUCGCUUAUCAUAGUACCGAAACUGGAGAGCGUUUGGGUUGUUUCACAUUUGAGGCGAUGUGUACUGCGAUGCAAUACGAUUCCCUUUCGAAGUACGUUUUUGUAGGUGAUUAUAGUGGGCAAAUUACGAUGCUUAAGCUAAGUUCCACAGGUGCCACUGUAGUGACCACCAUGAAGGGUCACGCAGGUUCAGUGCGUGCGUUAUAUUGGGCCGAAGGACCUCAGUUGUUGUUUAGUGGUUCGUAUGACCAAACCGUGAUUGUAUGGGAUGUCGGGGGCAAACGAGGAACUACCUAUGAACUACACGGCCACAACAAUAAAGUGUCCUCGCUAACGUACGCAUGUAACACGCAGCAGUUGAUCUCGGCAGGAGAAGAUUCAGUUAUCGUGUUCUGGGAGAUGAACGCCAUGCGGAAAGUCGCUCCGGAAUGGGUGGAGUCCGACACAUGCCAACUGUGUACUAGGGCCUUCUUCUGGAACCUGCGGGCGAUGAUCGACCAGAAGCAGAUCGGUAUUCGGCAGCAUCACUGCCGCUAUUGUGGCAAAGCGGUGUGUGACAAGUGUUCGACCAAUCGCAUCAACAUUCCCAUUAUGGGAUUCGAGUUCGAUGUGCGUGUGUGCGAAGGAUGUUUCCAGCGGUUGAAGAGUGAAGAGCGACCAUCGCUAGCAACGUUCCACGACGCCAAACACAGCAUCGUAGCGAUGGACCUAGACGAGCCACGGAAAAGAUUGCUGACCGUCGGCCAGGAUCGUAUCAUCAAAAUAUGGGACUUAUCUUCGAUUUGGCCUUAAAGGAACGACUCGCCAUCUUCCAAACAGGUAAAGGGAGUUUUGUUAACACAAUUCGAUGAUUUUGGGUAUUGGUUAGCCAGUUUCUCAAACAAAGACAUGAAAUCACUGUACUAUUUACACUCUUACUAGCCGUUCUCGGAACGUUAUGGUUAUGUUAUGUUUUUGCUCGGUAAAUAACAAUAAUCGCUUCUGGAGUAAGGCAGGCAACUGGCGUACUUUCUAGUGUAGCAUAAAUCUGAAGUUACAAACUUUUCACAGCCCGAGUAGAAACGAUUGGAUGAAUGUUUUAAAUAGCAUUAUGCUGUACACGAAUUACUACAACACAUCUUUGAAAAUAAACACAAUAACUGAACAACUCUCGUACUCUGUGCGGACAAUGGGAGGUUCUUGUUGAGUGUAAACCUAACUGUAAACAUUAACAAUAAACUCUGAUGAUAGUACAUAAUAAGGCAACGUAACUAGCGGAUGUAUAUGUUUAGCUUCUAAUAUCUUAUUGUAUGCUCGACUUAACGCGGUUAAGUUUAUUAUUGGAAUUGUAUUCAAUGUUAUAUUUUGCAAACAUUUAUUAAGAUCAGGUAUUUUUGUUUCCAUUUUAAAUAAAUAUCUAUCGGCGUCUUGCAUUCAGCCAUUCGGAGCUAAAGUGAUUCAAUCGAAAGCUAUUGUUUUGUCAAAACCUCCAUUGUCAACCAUCUAGACAGGUCUGGUGCUUUUGAUGUUCAUGGUAGGAAAUAAUAUGGGAAAUGUCUUCAAAUGAAUAUUUAGUGGAGAGUAAGAUAAAUGUGUAAUAAUAGAACGAUACAAUGAUGCAAACGGCCCUAGAGUGGUAAUCCCGAACCCAUGCAGAAGACGCAUGUAUAAAUAACGAAAGUAUGUAUAUUGAUAGAUUAAUGAUAAAGAAAAAUAAAGAUAUAUCAUCAUUCUUUCGUUUUGAAAACAUUA